AUGGAGCAACAUCUGGAAUUUUAUGAAUUCAAUGUUUUUGGGAGAGACAAUAUUUCAAUAUAUGAGAGGAAAAAUAACACAGGUCCCCUCUGGGAAGUGCAAAGGGUCACCAAAGCGAAGGGGCCAGAAGCAGCUACGGCAGCUGGGAUACGGAGCCAGGAAUCUGAGAACCAGGGAGAUUUGACCACGCCUGGACUAGCUGUCAGGCUCAGGCCACUGGCCCCGUUCCGAGCUCACAGGAAGCCUAAGAACUUUCUCCUCUGUGUACAGUUCAGCGUCACAAGUCUAUUCACAUUGUUGUGCAGCGAUCAUCAUCGUCAUCCAUCUCCCGAACUCUUUUCAUUUUCCCAAACUGAACCUUUGUUCUCACCAAACAAUGGCUCCCCAUUCCCGUUCCUCCAGCCCCUGGCGACCCCUUUUCUACUUUCCGACUCUGAGAGUGACUACUCCAGGUGCCCCAUACUGGAGACUCAGAAUGGGAAUGGCCUGGUAUUAUUAUGCCAACAUCAGUAUCGGAGGUCCCACAAAUUCCUCACGAAUCCUACAAUGUCAGAGCCACACGGAGCCUUAGAGACCAGCCAGAAAUUCUGGGGCAGCGUGGCUGGAUGGUUCUGGCUCAGGAUCUCUCAUGUGGCUGUGGUCAGACGUCACCUGGGCUGCACCCACCUGAAGGCUCGACUGGGCCUGGAGCAUCUGCCCUCAAGGUACUUCACUCACAUGGCCGCAGGCAACCAGAAGAAGCCCGGGGGCACCUUUGACAUUCUGUCUGGAAAUCUCCUUUGCUAGAUCAUCCAAUUCAUUCAGCACGUUUUCCAUUUUCCAUUUUGCCAUAGAAGGCAGUGUUGCUAAAAUUUCCCUCACUGUAUGUGAUGGGCUGAAUGCAUGUGUUGAAGCCCCACCAUCAGGAUGACUGUGUUUGGAGACAGGGCCUGUGCAGAGGGGAUAAAGGUUAAAUGAGGUCGUAAGGGUGGGGCCCUAAUCUGUAGGGCUGGUGCCCUUAUAAGCAGAGGAAGAGACACCAGAGCUCUCUCUCUUCCAUUCGAGGACACAGUACGAAGGUGGCCAUGUGCAAGCCAGGAGGAGAGCUCUCACCAGGAGCUGAUCUUGGGCUGGCCUCUUGAUCUUGGACUUCCCAGCCUCCAGAAU